CACACCCUCCACCGGCCACACGCUAUCAGCUGGAGGUGGGGAGGGUGCUGGGAGGGGGAGCCAUUGGCCCGCCUGCCGCCACCGCCAGACGCAGCUCCCCAGCUCCGAUCCUCUGAGCCACUGGUGCAGAAGCUGAGUGGGGGCCCAGAGGGAGGUCAGGCCGUCAGCUGAGACCACUCCCCUCCCUCGCCAGCUCCCCACCCACUCACCCCAAGCCAGCUUUUUUCCUGUUAUCGGAGCUCCCGGGAAAGCUCGGCUGGGUGCCUGGAGGAGACGCCUGUUACCUAGGCUGUGAGGAAAAGCAGCGGCCCUGGGAGCUGGGCCUGUGCCCCCUCCCUGCCUGGUCUUGGGGCCUCUGAGCACCUGGCCACGGGGUCUGGGAAGAGGCCCAGCACUCGGUCUGCAGCCGGGAGAGUCGCCGAGGGAUGAGGACGCUACAGCGCAGUGGACCGCCCUCUCUGCUUUCGCGACCGCGAGCGCGCAGCGCCCCGGAGCCGGGCAGAGCCUGACGUCCUGUCGUCUCCCUUCGCGCACAGGGCUCCGCCAGUGACCUGCCCCGCCGCUGCAUGGAACGGCUGCAGAAGCAACCACUUACCUCCCCUGGGAGCGUGAGCUCCUCCAGAGACUCCAGCGUGCCUGGCUCUCCCUCCAGCAUCGUGGCCAAGAUGGACAAUCAGGUGCUGGGCUACAAAGACUUGGCCGCCAUCCCCAAGGACAAGGCCAUCCUGGACAUUGAGCGGCCUGACCUCAUGAUCUAUGAGCCCCAUUUUACCUAUUCUCUCCUGGAGCAUGUGGACCUUCCCAGAAGUCGGGAGCGCUCGCUGUCACCCAAAUCCACAUCCCCCCCACCAUCCCCAGAGGUGUGGGCAGAGAGCCGGUCCCCUGGAACCCUCUCUCAGGCUACAGCCCCAAGGACCACUGGCACCCCCCGGACCAGCCUGCCCCACUUCCACCAUCCUGAGACCACCCGCCCAGAUUCCAACAUCUACAAGAAGCCACCCAUCUACAAGCAAAGAGAGUCCAUGGGAGGCAGUCCUCAGAGCAAGCACCUUAUCGAGGACCUCAUCAUCGAGUCAUCUAAGUUCCCUGCAGCCCAGCCCCCCGACCCCAACCAGCCAGCCAAGAUAGAAACUGACUACUGGCCAUGUCCCCCGUCGCUGGCCGUCGUAGAGACAGAAUGGAGGAAGCGGAAGGCAUCUCGAAGAGGAGCAGAGGAAGAAGAGGAGGAGGAAGAGGAUGACUCGGGGGAUGAGAUGAAGGCUCUCCGGGAGCGGCAGCGAGAGGAGCUCAGUAAGGUUACUUCCAACUUGGGAAAGAUGAUCUUGAAGGAAGAGAUGGAGAAGUCACUGCCUAUCCGGAGGAAAACCCGCUCCCUGCCUGACCGGACCCCCUUUCACACCUCUUUGCACGGAGGAACGUCUAAGUCUUCUUCUCUCCCGGCCUAUGGCAGGACUACCCUGAGCCGGCUUCAGUCCACGGACUUCAGCCCAUCAUCGGGGAGUGAGACUGGAAGCCCAGGCCUGCAGAACGGAGAGGGCCAGAGGGGGAGGAUGGACCGGGGGAACUCCCUGCCCUGUGUGCUGGAGCAGAAGAUCUACCCCUAUGAAAUGCUGGUGGUGACCAACAAGGGGCGAACCAAGUUGCCUCCAGGUGUGGAUCGGAUGAGGCUUGAGAGGCAUCUGUCAGCUGAAGACUUCUCCAGGGUAUUUUCCAUGUCACCUGAAGAGUUCAGCAAGCUGGCUCUGUGGAAGCGGAAUGAACUCAAGAAAAAGGCCUCUCUCUUCUGAUCACCCCACACUCUCCAUGACUGGCCCUCAACCCUGCUGCUUCAGACUCUGGAGUGGGGGCUGCUACACCUCAAAGCAUCAUCUCUCGGGGGAGUGGUGAGGGCGCUCAGUGGGGUUGCUCCACCCCCUGGUGGAGGGCAUAAAGAUCUCCGCAGUGCCAGCGUUCUGGGGCCCGGACUCUCUUCCCCACGAGGAGUCUUGUCUCAUCCCUGGUCCUCACGGCACACGUGGCCUGGUGCCCCCCACACAAAGAGCAAGAGUGUGUGCCCUCUCCCUGCCCCCACCCCCACAUGAAGUUCCCCAGAAACAAGCAAGGAGAAAAGGACAUGGCACUUAGUGGGCAGGCCUGUCCUGACCAAAAGGUGGCACCCUCUGGCCUAGCAGGAGGAGGGUAAACAUGAGGCAGGGAGGGAGAGCGUCAGGGCCCUGUGAGCCUGAGCCUCCUCCUCACCUCCCCUAUCAGCACCCCCUGCACUGGGCAUCUAAGCAAGCAGGAGCUCAGCCUCCAGCAGGGAAACACCUGCGUCCAGCUUGCCCUGUCCUCUCCUUGCACCCCAAGCUCAAAGCCUCUUGCUCCAGCCUGUGGCUUCCCCCAGAAGCCCUGGCUUAGAGUGGAGAUGUCACCUAUACGAAAUCCCAGUCACUGUCAGCCUCCAAGCAGAGUGAGCUAGAAUGCUACCUUCUAGCACCAGCUCAGGUCCUAGGCACUGCCUGGGCCUUCAGGCGCCCUUGGAUGGGAUGGGAAGGCCAAGCUACCAGACGCCCUGGUGUCCCGGCUACCAGGUCCCACCCACACCCAUGUACCCCUAACUAUGCUCUUUAAAGAAUGUAAUUUAUUGGGGCACCCCCUAGCUGCUUUCUUCACCUCUCUGCCAUACCUAUUCACACUCCCAGCUUUUCUCCUCUACAGACAUCUAUGUGUAUAUAAUUAUAUAUAUAUAUGAUUAUUAUUUUUUUGCCUGGAUCUGGGUUUCAUUCCUGCCCAGACCCUGGCAUCCCUUUCCAUGGUGUGUAUGUGACAAUGCUGGGGGAGGGGACUCUGCUUGGAAUUAAAAGGUUGCAUUGGGUCCCCAA